AUGUCAGACACAGAGGAACAGAAAGUUUGCCAGACGUGCUCGGACUUCGAGCCUCAAACAUGGAGAAAAUCUCUCUGCAAGAACUGUUUUCAUACUCUCGAAGAACAUUCUGCAGAAAUGCUAGCUAAUGAAGCGAAUGCAGUUGCCAAAGAAAAGACUGUGGCAAAGACAUCUGGAAAAGAGAUUGAAGCAGCGUCGGCGCAGACAGGGGUAAAACCUUGCGAUAAAAAGGUUGUUGAUUCGUCAGUUCCAGCAGAGACACAUGUGAGAAGCGGGGAUGACACUAAACAGACUGAAGAAAAAGAGUUCGAAGCUGCAAGAGCGAAACCGAAGUACGGCGCGGCUCGGUGUGUCGGUGAUCCAAACAGUCCAUGGUCUUGGGCAAAAGAUUUAGGCAGUGGGUAUGUAAAACCUGCAAAACCAGAGCUUCAAGACACAGAAAAAGGGGCAGCAAGAUCUGCAACAGUUCCCUCAUCUAGUAAAACAACCUCCACGAAAUCGUCACCACCGACAACCUCAAAACCAUCCGUAAAAUCUGUUACAUCGUCUACGACUGUGGCAGCGUCAGAUACAUCGUUAUCAUCAUCAUCAUCAUCACCAUCAGGUACAACGACUACCAGUUCUGUAACAGCGGAUACGGCUCCAGCUUCAGUAUCUAAAGCAAAGAGUUUUGCUUCAAAGUUCGAAUCCAAAGCCGCGGCAUUGUCUCAAAGUAAAAGCACUUCUAAACCACCCGACAUUCGACCUGGUAGUGCUAACGUUGCGGCACUCACCGGUAAGCUUACCGACACGGCGUCUGUUUCCAAGACUAAAGGGAAAUUAACACCAGAGAAAGUAGAAGAACAGCAAAAGUUGCCUAAAAAAUCAGACAUCAAAACGUCAGAGGCUGUAAAAGCUACAGAAACACCCUCAAAGCUUCAGAAAUCCGAUUCUAGUGAGGCAAAAGUCGAAGUUGGUGUUCAAGGCAACAAGAGUUCAAAAUUUAGCAGUGACAGUUCUAAAGAUAGACCAUCAGAAAAGAUCUCAAAAUUAUCAGCAAGCAGUCAGUCUAAAGCGUCACCAUUCGGCAAAGAUAUACUUAAAAGUGCAAAAGAUUCAGUCAAACGUGACAAUACACCAGUGGAACCGGUCAAUAAAAAACCGAUUUCACCUCAAGCAAAACAGGAAGAAACAAGAAAAGACAUUGACAAAUCAUGCAUCGUGAGAUCUAUUUCAGAAAAGAGUAGCGAUAACAAAAUUAGGAAAAAUGGAAGUGAAUUAGCUACAUCUCCCACAACUACAGAGAUUUGUCAGAACAAGUCUACAGACGUGAAAAAAACGGCAGAUAGCAAUUUGAGCGCAUUUCCAGAUUCCAAACCUGCGGCGGGAGGUACAGUAAACAACAGUAGGCAGUCGGCCAAGAUCACAAGUAGCAGCGUAGAAGGUAAAACGCUUGAGAAUUCGGAGACUAAAGAUCGUAUCGACGCCACUAAAGACAGCGGAGCAGAAGUGUCUGGAGGUAGGAGUGAUCAGCUAGAAACGCAUGUUUCCACGUCUGACGCUUGUGUUGUAGAGGCGAAGAACUUCGAGGAAAAAGGAAACUUUGAAGAUGAAAAUAGAAACGACAGCUACACAGCUGUUUCAUCGACUCAAGCUAAUGGAGGACCACCGUCUACGUCAUCUAUCUCUGAUUUAUUAAUACCGAAAAAUGAAACAGCGUCGUUGAUCGAUUCCACUUCUUCGUUAUCUCCAUUUCAGUCUGACAUAGCAGCUGCAAACAAGUCAGAGGAAAUUCAGCCUGUGAGUGGCAAAGAUGCGACAACUCUGCAAAGUCCCCAAGAAGAAGCCAGGGAUUUAGAAGUAAAAAAUGAUAAUAAUGAACAAAGUAACUCAGUUACAUUUUCCAAGUCUGUAUCGUCGUCUCCCCCACGGCCAGAAUUUGACAAUAAUGUGGGCCCCCCUGAUAAGCAGAAGACCACAGUCAAAGACAAGGACACCUUUGAUGCUAAAGACGAUAUCGAAAAACUUCAUCAACUGCUAAAUGAAAAAGAUGAGUCACUUUCAGCAUUAAAUCAACAGUUAUCUAAAAUGGAAGAACAGAUAAAGACGCUUGAAAAUGAGAGAGACAGACUGCAGGAGCAGUCACUACAGACCCAGAAGGAUGAUAUGGAAAAACUUCUGAGAGAACUACGUGAUCAGCUGUCGAAGAUGGAAGAGCAAUGCUCGCGCUUGGAAAAAGACAACCAAGCAUUAAUUGAUAAACUACACAUUCAAGAAGCCUGCGUUAAACAAGACCAGGAGAACAGAGGUAAAAACUCGGAUAAUGUUGUUCUUGAAGAAGAUCUGGAAGCAGCGGAGCAAGAGCUCGAAGAAGUCAAAGAGGAGAAUAAAGAACUGCAAAGGCACAUCAUGGAAAUGAAGAAUGAAAUGGAUGAGAUGUACGAUCACUUUAGAGAACACGACCACGACGAAUUCAGGGAAAUACAAAAGGAACUCGACAUGACUGCAAAGAAUUGUCGAAUCUUACAGUUCAAACUUCGAAAAGCUGAAAGAAGGAACGAUCAAAUAGAACAAGACAGAAUACAGUACGAAGAGAAGCUCAGAAGACUACAGGAUCAGUUCGAUUCCCAAGACGCAAAAGAUCACAUACGGUUACUUGAAGAAGAGCUGCGAAUGGCUAAGGAAGUUUCUGUGCGUCUCCAUGACGAGCUUGAUGUUGUAGAAGAUAAAAGAAACAAGGCUCUAGAGGAGAAUAAGCACUUGACUGAACUACUCGAGCACACAGAUAAGAGGCAGUUCCGACUGGAGAUGGAGAUUGACAAGCUGCGAGAUAUUGUGGCAGAUCUCAAACAACAGCUCAAAGAAGCAAAAGCUGGAAAUAACAACAACAAGGAUUCCACACCGGACAGAAAGGUUCUUUCUAGCAUCUACACGCGGUCUAUCGAUUGA